CUUCAAAUUAUAUUUUCAAGAAAAAUAAUUGCAUCAAGAAAAUAAUUGAUAUAAAGAAAACAUCCAAGAAAGAAAACAUUCCAUCAUCAGUUUAACAGCACCAUCUACGCAAUAGCAAAUACAAAAGCAAGCGGGAACAAACGUUUAUUUAAAAAUAGUGAUCCCGUGCAUCGAAUGUUAGAAUAAAUGGAACCAUUAGCUACACAGCAAAAAAUAGAAGCGGUGAAUGUGGAUAUGGAUCAAGAUACCAUUCUUUUCAUGAUAAGUUUGAUCGAAGAAAGAAGCUGCAUAUGGAACCGAAAAAAUUCAGGCUUUCAAAAUAAAACCAAACAGCAUGACGCAUGGCGUGAAAUUAGUGUAAUUUUAGACACACCUGUCGACUGUUUGGUGAGGAAAUGGAAGUCACUUUGUGGCUCUUUCCGUUUCUACCAUGCAAAGGAACAAAAAAGUAAAGUGACUGGUUCAUCUUCAUCGAGCAUAUAUAAACCAAAAUGGUUUGCAUACAGAGCAAUGCAUUUUAUGCAUCAUGUUAAGGAAACUGCAUCAACAAUGGACACCCUCUUUCGGACUAUUCAAACCGCAUAACUGUAAGUAAUGGAAAACUAAGGUAACGGUCAGAGACUCGCCAUAUGCUUUUGUAUGGGUAUUGAAGUUUAUAAUGCCGCAAAUACAUGACGCGCGUUUCCCUGGGCACGUCCAAACGCGUAUAACUGUUCCGUAGAGGUAUCUCUGCGUUUCCGAGUUUUCACGAUCGAAUGACAUUUCAUUUCUAUGGAUGGAUCGUUAUAUGCGGGCGCGGAAACGCGCGUAAUAUAUUUACGGCCUAACAGCAUUUGCUAAUUUGCCGCAUCGCCGCUUGCAAUUUUAUUUCAAAUGUUUCAAAUAAUAUUAAAUAAUGAUUAUCCUUGUCAACAAACAACAAUAUCUCAUAUAAAUAUCCCAAACAAGUAGAAAAUUGAGAAAACUAAUUUCUUGCUACUUGCGGCGAUUCUCUGACCAUUACCUAUCCACAAACCCAUCGAAUCGUCAAUUCCGUAUAUGUUUGACAGGAGUUCGACAGAUAUCCUUCUGAAGAUUGGCUAAAGCAGAGAAACGGUAAUUUUCUCAAUUUCUUGUUUAUAGAAUCAACAUAAAU